AUGCCUACCCGAGAGCAAAUCACCUAUUUUGGCGCAGGGCCAGCUCUGCUGCCCUCAACUGUCUUGGAAACAGCUGCAGAAGCAUUGGUCAACUACAACAACACUGGUUUGGGACUGGCAGAGCAUUCCCAUAGAUCCGAAUUGGCAACAAAUAUUCUGAAUGAAACCAAAACAGAUCUUGCAAAGUACCUUGAUGUUCCAGAUGACUACGAGAUCUUAUUCAUGCAAGGAGGUGGAAGCGGCGAAUUUUCUGCUACAGUGUAUAAUCUGGUGAACGUUUGGGUGGCACGACGCAAACAGAAGAUAUUGAAGGAACUGAAUAUCCCAGAAGGAAAGGAGAUUCCUGAAGAUGUCCUUCUGAAGGAGUUGCAGAAGGCAGUGGAUGAGGAGCUCAAGGUCGACUACUUGGUUACAGGAUCUUGGUCAUUGAAAGCAAGCCAAGAAGCGGCUCGUUUGAUAGGCCCUGAACAUGUCAACAUUGUAGCAGAUGCAAGGAAAGUCAAUGAUGGAAAGUUUGGAAAGAUACCCGAAGAGUCAACAUGGAAGCUCUCCAAAAAUCCUGCCAUGGUUUACUACUGCGACAAUGAGACGGUUGAUGGGGUGGAAAUAUCGGGAUUUCCUGAAGUCUUGAAGCCAACUGGAGGAGAAGAUGACCCAAUCGUGGUUGCGGACAUGUCAUCAAACAUUCUAUCACGACGGAUACCUGUGAAAAACUUUUCACUCAUAUUUUUUGGCGCACAAAAGAAUUUGGGCAGCACCGGUAUAACAGUUGUCAUUAUCAAGAAGAGUCUGCUUCCUCCAGCAGUGGCCACACUUGCUCCAACCUUACUUCGGAAACUCGGUUUGCCGAUUGGGCCCAUUGUAUUCUCAUACGAGACAAUCGCAAAGAAUAACAGUCUCUACAACACUCUUAGCAUUUUCGACGUCUACAUUGCCGGUCAAGUGCUAAAGAAGCUACUACAAACUUUCCCCGACAAAGUUGAUGGUCAACAAAAACUAGCUGAUCAGAAAGCCAAGCUCAUCUAUGCCGCCCUUGAUAAAUAUCCCGAAUCAUAUAAGAUUGUGCCGGACAAGAAUGCUCGUUCAAGGAUGAAUAUUUGCUUCCGAGUUACACAUCUUGCGAGCGGCAUCGACGAGUCUGAGCGAACAUUCUUAAAAGGUGCUACGGAUCAAGGCCUGACAGGCCUCAAGGGUCAUCGUAGCGUUGGUGGUAUCCGUGCUAGCAACUAUAACUCAAUAUCUUUGGAAGGCGCAGAGAAGCUGGCUAAAUACAUUGAGGAGUACGCUCAAGGCCCUAAGUAA